AAAUAAAAUAAAAUAAAAUAAAAUAAAAAAAGAUGCAAGCGUCUGCUUUCCUUGCCACAGGAGACAAGGGGAGAUAAGGAGCGAAGGAAAAGGAAUGGGCUCCGCCAGCCAGGCCAGAGAGAGAGAGAGAGAGAACUCUUUUGCUUAGAACGCCAUCGCAAGGACCGCGCCUGCGCCGGCCACUGCCAAUGCAACCGACUUGCCCACGGAGACCAAAGUAGUCGCACCAUUCGGAUGACCGGCCGUACUGCUACUACCACCGUUGCUCCCAUUCACACCCGCAGUCGCAACACUACUACCACCACUACCACCAGCGCCACCAGCAGUCGUCCCCGCAGCGACCGAUCCUCCGGGAGCCGUGACAUUGAACCGCCCCGAAUACGCGUUGUUCGGCUGGAGAAGCAGCUGCAGCGCAUACACACCGGGCUUCGUAUCCGCAGGCACCGUCCAGACCAAGUUCCCGACAGACUUUGUACAAUCGAUCGUACCAACCUUCUUCACAUAGAACGCGUUGUUAAUAUUGUUCGAGUCCAUAAAGUCGACCUCGGUCGCGUUCGGCGUCGCAGACGUCAGCGUCGACGGCGUCGUGCAGGCCAUCGUCCAGGAAAACGUCUGGGUCGAUCCCGCAACGUACGUGAUACCAUCACCCACGGGCUGCGUGAACGAGAUAUGGUUGAGGGGCGCUUGCGCAGAGACGGCAGCAACGGCAAUCGCACCCAGGGCAAUAAGCGACUUGAUCAUCUUUGUGUGUGUGUGUGUGUGUGUGUAAGUGUGUGGCUAUGUAAAGAGGGAGUGCGUGGUGGAAGCCAGGAUAAGCAAAGGCAGGUGAAGAAAAGUCCUUUUUUUGUAUUUUCGCAAUGAGGAAGAAUGAAGAAUGAAAAAGAAGAGAGAAAGCGAAAAGAUAAAGAAGGACGAAAGAACGCGACUUGAAGAAGCCCUU